ACAAACAGUACGGGCAUAGUGUAUCGGUUCACACUUUUUCCACGGUUUCAGCGGUCUUAAUCACCAUUUCACAUGUCUUAUUCCGAAAAAUUGUUUUGUUGUUACUGUUUCAAAAAUUUUGGCUUUUGUAGUACUUCUACUAAUCUACUGGAAUAGUACUAACAUCAACAUGUCGAGCAACUCGUAUGCGGUUUUCAGAUUGCAGCACGUACGCCACCUUUCGGUCCUUUUCGUGUCACGUGCCCUGGCUCCGCGUGCGCGUGUGCCGAACCAACAGUGAGCGUAGCCGCUGAACCCAAUCGGUUUCCCCGUUUGUCAUUAAUUUUCGUUUUCUGUUUGCGAGUUUUGUUGUCAAUGUUGUGGAUGUUUUCGUUUUAUUUAGAUAUCGCGGAGCUAUUUUUGUCUUCUUGAGACUUCUAUGCUAUUUUGAAUUUCUAAGUAUUAAAUUUCUAGGCUGGCUGUUACCGAUGAGCAGAGAAUAUGUCAAAUCUGAUGCAAACGUUAUCGAAGCAAAGUUAAACGUACGUUAAAGUGACUUAUACCGUGUAUUUGCAAAUCUGUGUACGGAAUGCUGAUGUUGUUUGGUGCUGUUCGUCAGGUGUUUCCAAACAGGUGAAAGGAUAUUCGAGAAGCCAUAGAGUAACGUACCGGAAGUGUGAACAACUAAUCGUUAGGACCGACGACGAUUCCAUUAGCUAUUCGUGCACGCUUGCUAAAGAAAUGGAUGCUGAACAUUUGGCGAUAGAUUUUGAAAUAUUGGCGAUCGGCGAACAGCUGAGAUAUCGUAUGCACCUGGCUCCCAACCUUGUCCGUGAUCGGCGUUACCACUUGCGAACAUAUAGUUGUUGCUUUGUGGCCAACGAAACGUUGGACUGGUUAAUCCAGGAAAAUGAAGUGCCUAGCCGACAGGCGGGUGUUUUCCUUAUGAAUAUUCUUCAGCAAAACCGCGUCAUCCAUCAUGUCUGUGAUGACCAUCUGUUCAAAGACCAGUAUUUAUUUUUCCGCUUUCGGCAAGAUGAUAAUACCUUUCCCCUCACGCAAGUGUCCCGUCUGUUCUUCUUUGGACAGCGUUUAUACGAUCGGUUGCAUUCUGAACCAAAUUCUUGCUUGCGAAAGCUGCAGAAAAAGGACAGAUCCUGUGUGGAUGUUUUCAAAGGAGCCGAAUUCACGCAGUGGAUAAUGCGGAAGGGUGAAGCCCAGAAUGUGGAAGCGGCAUUGAUUGCUUGCCAGCAGCUUCUCGAUUCUGGUAUUAUACAGGCUGUUGAUGGGGAUUCUGCCACAUUCAAGAACAGUGAAUCACUAUACCGAUGCGCUUUUGAUUUUAAUUAUCGGAGGCGUUUGCACGAUUUAUUCUUACUCUCCUCUGUACAAAAGGAAGCCGGACUGCAUAACAUAAAAUUCAUACCAAAAGCAACAUCGGCGUUUGAAAUUUAUCCUGGGUUUGAUGAUCAUAGCUCCAAAUCCCCUGUAUCGCCUACCCCAACGGGGCUGAGUGACGGCUCAACGGGAAGUGCCGGCACAUCUCCGAUUACAUCCAAUAUUCCAAGGGGAAAUUACGAUACACAGAGGCACAUGCUUAAAGAGUCGCUGCUGGAACCUCAGUCGGGAUACGUCCGAAAAGUUAUUCAAGUCGACUCCGAUUCUGUCGGGUAUGGAUUUGUUUUGCGAGGAGCAUCGCCUUGUUACAUCCAGACUGUGGAUCCGGAUGGUCCCGCUGCCGCGGCUGGCGUAAAGGUUGGACAGUAUCUGUAUUCUGUCAAUGAUGUCGUUGUCUUCGAUAAGUCCCACAAGGAUGUGGCCCGCGUUAUCGUCGAAAGUGGGGGAAAGAUUUGCCUGGUGGUGUUUACGCCAAAAGAAUCUGACAGAAAUUCCCGAUUAGAUUCACCAAAAAGCCGCAAAGUUCCUUCAAAUAACUGAAAAUGAACAAAUAUUCUAGUAUUAAGCUGACGGAUUGGUUUUUUUGGUCAGAUGCUCACAGUUAGGUUGGUGUUUCGGUGAUUGGGUUGUUUUGAUUUCGGUCUUUUGAUCGAAACCUUGACAUCAGAUUGCUCAACUGAGACGCAUGCAUUUUUAAAGAGAUAGUUCUAUUGCAAAAGAUGUUAUUCUAAAACAUAUGUUAGCUAAAAAUGUGGCUUUAUAUUUA